AUGUUUGCUGUAACAGUUGAAAAAAGAGACAGCGACACCCUGUUGCCUCUCAUCCUGAAGUUCAUAAAACCUGGCUCCAUCAUCAGGAGCGACCACUGGAAGGUCUACUUUGCUAUCGAGUACUUGGACAUGGACCUUGGAGAUGGCUUGACCUUGCCACUGUAUCAGUGGGAAGGUGUCAACCAUUCCAAGCACUUCAAAGACCCCGUUACUCAGGUCCAUACCAAUACCAUCGAGGGGACUUGGAAUGGAAUUAAGAGGAUGGUGCCAGUCCACAAGCGGACCACCAAACAGGUUCAAGGCUGCCUCUUCGAGUUUAUUUGGCGAAGAGCCAAUGAGGGGAACCUGUGGAAUGGCCUCCUUGCAGCCCUCCGUGAUGUCAAGUAUGACUAUUAG